AUGCUGCUCGUGCGCGGCAACAUGCUCGUGCGCGCGGCGGCCUGCGCCGGCGCGGGCCUGCUCGGCGGCACGCGGCGCUGCUCGGCGCUGAGCGCGAGCCCGAGCGCGGCGCCGGAGGGCUACGAGCUGCUGCACGUGAGCUGCUACUUCCGCCACGGCGCGCGCACGCCGCUCUUCGGCCUCGACACGCCCGUCGUCCAGGGCCACGCCUGGGACGGCUGCGCCGCGAGCGCGCGCCUCUCCGCGGGCAUCGACGCGGGCGUCGACGACGUCGUCCGGCUGCGCGGCCGCGGCACGACCGCGGCGCCGCCGCCGUCCAUGGUCGACGCGAAGCAGCGCGAGACCGUGCUGCCCGGCGGCGGCCGCGCCGGCGAGCUCACGGCCGUGGGGCUGGCGCAGGCGGAGGGCCUGGGGCGGCGCCUGCGGAGCCGCUACGCGGCGCGCCUCGGCGCCGACGACCCGGCCUUCUGGGCCGACCGCGUCGAAGCGCGGACGACGCACGUCGCGCGCUGCGCCCUGACGCUCCGCGGCGUCCUGGUCGGCCUCGGCGCGUCCGGGCCCGUCGACGCGGACGCCGCGCACGCGUCCGAGGAGACGCUCACUCCGAACCUCCGGCGCUGCGACCGCCUCAACGCGUUCUGGCAGGAGCUCCGCGCCCAGCGCCGCGCGGCGCCGCCGCCGGACAAGGGGCCCGUGGUGGACUCGUUGCUGAAAAAGGUCCCCGCGGACUCGGGCUUCGACUUCCCCGUGCUGAACGUGCCGCUGAAGGACGCGUUGAUCGCGCUCGCGUCCGAGGGCGGCGCGCUGCCCUGGGGCCUCGACGUCGACGAGCUCCAGGCGCUCGACGACCUCGCCGCCGCCGAGGUCGCGACGCUCCUCGGCGUCGGCGUCGACGACGCGGACCAGGCCGCGGUGCUCCGGCUGGGCGCGGGGCCGCUCGUCGCCGAGCUCCGGGCCGCGCUCGCGGCCGCGGCCGCGGCGGAGACGCCGACGCUCCGCCUCAUGUCGGGCCACGACACGACCGUCAAGCCGCUCCUCGUCGCCCUCGACAUGUACGACCACAAGUGGCCGCCCUUCUGCGCCUGCGUCGCGCUCGAGGUCUACAAGACGCCGCACGGGCGCGCGGUCCGCGUGCUCUACGACGGCGCGACGGCCGGCGCGUGCUACGGCGCGCCGACGGACUUUUACGUCGCGCUCGACUUCGAGGAUCUGGAUGCGUUCCUCGCGAAGCUCUCCGCGGUGGCGCUCGAGGGCGCCGCGUGGUCGCGCGCGUGCGCGGCGGGCGCCGGCGCGGUCGUCGGCGACGCGGCCGCGGGGGGGAGUUCGUUUUAA